AUGGACGCGGCAACAACAAUCGCUAAUCUUCAAGCAAGGAUAGCUACAUUAGAAAAAGAAAAUGAAGCAUUGAAAGCCGAAGUUGAAAAUUUCACCAAAGAAAAAUCACAAUCUGAAGAAAAUCAUCUUCAAGAAUUAUUAAAAAUUUCAAAGAAUAUCAUACAGCCAUUAAAUUCUAAUCCUGCCGAAUUAGAACAAUUACUGAAAGAGAAAAGCGUAGAUUGUGAAAAAUUACUGAAAGAAAUUGCGAGAUUAUAUAAUGAUGUCGAGAAUUUCCACAACAGUGAAUCAUUUCAUGCAGAGAAUGCACGAAAGAAUCCUCUCAGCAGAUUGUCUUUCAUAGAAACUCAAAAAAAGCUCUAUGAUGAAGCUUAUGAAUAUAAGAAAAACACAGAAGCUAAAUUAGAGGAAGCAAAUAUUUUAGUAUCUACAUUAACAAGAAUUUUUAACUGCAAACCUGAACAAAUUAUCUCAAAAUCUCAACGUGCUGCAGCUGCAGACAACGAAAACAUACAACUUCGCGUGAAAUUAAUGGAAAUGACACAUCAGCAGCAAAAGGAGUUAAUUAUUGCAAAGAAUACUCAAGCUAAUUCUCAAAUUUCUUCAGCAGAUCUUAUUAAUUUCCAAAAACUUCUUCAAGAUAAAGCUAAAAACUUUGAAAACAGAAUGAUGCAGAUAUUAUCUGUAGUUAGUGAUAAUUCAGAAAAGCUUCAGGAUGAUAUAAAGAGUGUUUACACAAAAUUAGUUCCAACUUUCACUCCAACACCUUCUCCAAAGAAGGUAUCACCUUCACCAAAUAAAGUAACUCUUUCUCCAAAUAUACUCAAAGGUCCUCGCGUCGCUCUUUCUCCGCUUAAUUAUUCCCAAAAUAAAGUUCCAUCAAUAACCAGACCAAAUGCCUCUGAUUUUGACUAA